UUACAUGAUUAGGAGUUCUUCUUUGAGUUCCCUUUUGAGAACUCUUAGGAGUAAUGUGCACAUAGAAUCAAAGUAUCUUGAGCUUCUAUUAUCCGAACCAUGAAGGCAAUAGGUCUCUUUUUUAUUCUGGCACUUUUCAUCCAGUUUGAAGAUGUAACCAGUCAAGUUAAAUACCAGGAGGGCAUGUGCUGGCAAUUCCAACAAUUAUUCAUCAAUGGGAAUUUAUACUGCAACAGAGACAUUGACCCUAUUAUUGGCCCUGAAGGCAAGACCCAUACCAAUAAGUGUGUCAUGUGCCGAGAACUCUUGAGAAAAAGAGGAAUAGCUGGCAGUAAUGGAAGUAGCUGGUCUAAAGAUUCUUCUUCUGGAGUGGAUGAAAGUUGCCGUGAAUAUUGGCCUUACUUCAUUAAAGGGGGUUUUUUCUGCACCAGAGAGCUUAACCCAGUUCAUGAUGCUUCAGGCAAACAAUACAACAAUAACUGCAUGAUGUGCCUACAGCAGUUCAAAAAUGGAGGUAAGAUGAAUUCUCUUGAACAGAGACAGCCACAAUAUGGAAACAAUGAGAGGUUUGAUAAUUGCUAUGAAUAUCGGUCACAGAUCGGGCCAAAUGGAGAACUCACUUGUACACGUGAGAAUGAUCCAGUACGUGAUGAUUCUGGCCGGACUCACAGCAACAAGUGCAUCAUGUGUGCAGAGCAAUUCAAAAAAGAAGCAAGACAAGGCAAGAUUUUGGGUGGAAGUGGAAAAGGACAACCAAGCCCAUAUUCAAAUAGCAACAGAGCUACUCAAGGGAAGCAAGGAAACCUAAAUGAGAGAAAUUGCAAUCAGCAGGAUGGUUUGACUCAACCCAAUGUGGGAUAUAACUCCUGCACAGGAGAGAAGAUUGCACAUGGUGAUUACAGAACAAGUACCAAUUGUGGAGGGUCAGGAGACUCUUCAUAUAGUGCAGAUUGUCGAAAAGAUCUUUUAAGAAACAGAAAGAAAACUGGCGCUACCAUUGACAGCAAGCUGAACUGCAUUAUAAUUCUAGCCAACCUUAAAAAGAACAAGACUUCCUGCCAGGCUUUGUGGUCUCCUGUUUGUGGCACCGAUGCAAAAACAUACAGCAAUAAAUGUUUCCUGUGCUUAGCAAUUAUGAAUGCCACACAUAUCCCUGCAAUAAAGCAUGAAGGUGAAUGUACAGAAGUCAUUCAUGAAACGGUUGAUUGCAGCAAGUAUCCCCAAACCAGAGGACAAGUCCUUUGCAAACUGAUCCCUCCAGAGGUUUGCGGCACUGAUGGUGUGACAUAUAAGAAUGAAUGUGUGCUCUGCAAUCAAAUUCUGAAAACUAAAUCUGAGAUUGGCAUACAGAAUAUAGGACCAUGCCCCAAGAGGAAACUGUGAAGAACUGACAUUCCACAAAACAGUCAUAUCUCAAGUGGUCUUCAUCCUAUUUUUAAAGAGUAUGACAAGCUUACAGGAAAAGGACAAUAACCAUUACAUUGGGUGGAAAUGGGAAGACAUUGUCCAAAGUCAAAGUUCAAAUUAUCAGAUCUACUCAUCCAGUCAUUGAUUUCAUUCUCAUGAUCACCAUAGACUUGCUUGAAUAUUUUCUCUCAUAAAUAAAUCUCACUAUUCAUAUUCAAUUAAAUAAAGAAAGAAGCUCUC